CGAGGGUUUGCUGGGGGCCAGGUCGUGCGCUGCUGACGGGCUUUACUCGUUCUGGUGGUCGGCUGUGCACCGCGGGCGUACAUUCAUCGAAAUGAGCAUCCUACAGAAAAUCUCCGAGAUUGAGGCCGAGAUGGCUCGGACACAGAAAAACAAAGCAACAGCUCACCAUCUCGGGCUGUUGAAAGCUCGGCUGGCCAAACUGCGACGAGAGCUUAUCACCCCGAAAGGUGGAGGUGGUGGAGGACCGGGUGAAGGAUUUGAUGUGGCAAAGACUGGAGAUGCCCGGAUUGGGUUUGUGGGCUUCCCUUCUGUUGGAAAGUCAACAUUACUGAGCAACUUGGCUGGAGUGUACUCUGAGGUUGCAGCCUAUGAAUUUACGACGUUGACCACUGUACCAGGCGUGAUUCGGUAUAAAGGCGCCAAGAUACAGCUGCUCGAUCUUCCUGGUAUCAUUGAGGGAGCCAAAGAUGGUAAAGGCCGAGGGCGCCAAGUAAUUGCAGUGGCGCGAACAUGCAACUUGAUCCUGAUUGUAUUGGAUGUGCUGAAACCAUUAGCGCACAAGAAGAUAAUUGAGAAUGAGGUGGAAGGGUUUGGAAUCCGACUCAACAAGCAGCCACCCAACAUUGGGUUCAGGAAGAAGGACAAAGGAGGCAUUAAUUUGACAUCUACAUGUGUGCAGAGUGAGUUGGACAUGGAUACUGUUAAAAGCAUCCUCGCUGAGUACAAAAUCCAUAACGCGGAUGUCACUUUACGCAGCGAUUCAACAGCAGAUGAUCUAAUUGAUGUGGUUGAGGGCAAUCGGGUGUACAUCCCCUGUAUCUAUGUUUUAAACAAAAUUGACCAGAUCUCGUUGGAGGAGUUGGAUGUCAUUUACAAAAUACCACAUUGUGUGCCGAUCUCUGCUCAUCACCGCUGGAAUUUUGAUGAUCUACUGGAAAAAUUAUGGGAUUACUUACAACUUGUACGGAUUUACACCAAACCCAAGGGACAAUUACCUGACUAUACUUCACCAGUUGUGUUACCACAUAGAAAAACUACUGUUGAGGAUUUCUGCAUGAAAAUUCAUAAGAACCUAAUUAAAGAAUUCAAAUAUGCUUUGGUGUGGGGCUCCUCUGUGAAGUACAAUCCACAGAAAGUUGGCAAGGACCAUGUGCUGGAAGAUGAGGAUGUAAUUCAAAUAGUCAAAAAGUAAAAUGGGACACAUGCUUUCCA